AUCUUUUGUGAGUACCAAGUCUGGAAGUGUUUAAUUCUUAAAUGUAAGAUAUUCAGCAUAAAAACUAUACAAAUGCUGGAUGCUAAGCUUUUAUGACAAUGGAUGGAAGCAAGGAUUAUUGAGAUAAUUUUGGAUUUGGAAAUUCUAUUUUUUCUUGGAGGAACGACGCUAUUUUGGACACAUGUCGCUGCAGGCUUUGGAAGUAUCCUGCCAAAUUAACCUUUACCAGGAUCGAAUUCCUAACUAUUCUAAUUGGAGAUCAUCUUCGAGGCCUUACUAACCAAAACUUCGGAGCAACUUCAGAUGUUUCAACUGACGUUCUACUUUCUUCGACGAGGUCCUUUGGUUUCGUAGCCCUGGACAGAAACCAUUAUAGUUUUAAUCGGGUGUGCGUCCAUCCGUCUAUCCAUCGUACGACUCACUAUGGGACCAUCUAUUCAAAUUUUUCUUAAGCCGUUGCUUUUGAUAUGCAAAAUAAAUCACAGUCGUCUGAUCUUCUGCACGUCGAACAAUAAAUAAAAUUCGAAGAAGAAGGAGUUGUGGUAAUUAACUCAGUGACUGAGAAUUCUGACUUCAGUGUCCUCUUUGAUUUCUCAACAGAGUGAGUCGUUCCUCGGAAGGUCGUUUUUUAAUUAGUGUUGAAUUAAGUCUCAGCAAAAAGCUGGUGCAGGAAGCGUCCAUUGAUUACUUCUGAAAUUGAUAGAUAGACAAUCAUGAAGGAACUUCUGGUGCCGUUUAUUUAUAUUUUAAUCUGGGGUUUGGAAAUUAAUGCGGACACAUUCGAAGUCCUUACGAUUCCGUAUGAUAAAAUAUUUCCUGAAGGUUAUGGACAAAAUGGACAACAUGGACACCGUGGACAAUAUGGACAAAAUGGACAUAAUUAUCGAAGACCUGGGUUUCAACAACCACAGAGGCCAGGAUAUCAACCAAAUUAUCCAAAUUAUCAACAACCUGGUGCAGUCUCAGCCGGUGAUUGGGUGUGUCGGAAUCCUUCCAGUGGAGAUAUGAUAAUCAUUAGUAGUGACAACCUUCCUUUUGAAUAUACCCAAAACCCAAGACAGCCUCAUGUUCCAAAUGUUCAACCAAAUCAGCCAAGUCAACCAAUUCAGCCAGUUCAACCAAUUCAACCAGUGCAACCAGUUCUACCAGUUCAACCAGUUCAGCCCCAAUAUCCAGGGCCAAAUCAAGGUCCCCAAAACCAAAAUCCUUUCCUUCCAAAUUCGAACCAGACUCCAGCUCCAGUUGUUCCAGUGCCAACUCCAGCUCCAAUUGCACCAAUUAAUUGCAAUGAUUAUCCUCCACAUCCUAUGUGUGGAGAAACCAUCAUCCUAGGAACGACAACCACUCGCAGCCCAGAAACAACGCAAAAUACCAAUGGACAAGGAAUAAUCGAUGUAAGAAUGAGGGGACAAUAUCCAAGUACUAAAGAUGAAGAUUCCGAUCGAUUAGUGUUCCCCGACUGAGUUUACUUUUAAUAUAGUUGUUGUCCACUGAAUUUUAUAAACUGAAAGUAAAAUGGAUAUCAUAUUGUACAUCUAUAAAUAAUAAUAUAUUGUA